AUGGAAGGUCAGCCUCGCUUCGUCAUCGGGCACCACGACGCUAAUAGGCCCAUCCCGGUGACAGUCGAGGCGAUUCAAGAUGCACAUGCCGCAGAUUAUGACAUGCUGACCAGUCCCAUUACAACGCCACAUUUCCAUUCUCGAGUGCUGACCCUGCUCUCGGCCUCUCUCUCUCACCACUCGGAGGAAGACAUCACCAAGACCAAGAACGCGUCUCCCGUCACCGUCCCCCCUCUCACUCCAGUCGACACUCCGCUGACUCCGGAUGAGUCAAUCAGCCAAGUUAUCGGUGUGACCAGUUCCUGGAUCGACCUGAGCUCCCCAGAUCCUAUCAUUGCCGAUGUGUCUCGCCAGGUUCUGAAACUGGAACUUGCCUACGCUGCUUUUUGUGGUAUCACCUACGCACUGAUCCCGGGCCCCCGCCUCCGCGGGCAAGGGGCUUCGGAGGCUGGCGUUGCCCAGUACGCGCGAGCGAUCAUGGAUGCAUUGGCUCAAGGUCCCUAUAUGCAGCUCUACAUCUGGCUGCCAAUGAUCAACCACUCGGACGACCAGACCGAUGAGAUGGGCGAUCUAGCUCCGUUCGCACGCCAGCCAUUCUUGGAUCCCGAUGAUGGCCAGACCCAAAUAUUGGAUUUGUUCGGUUCUUGGGAGGCCUGGGACAUGAUUAGAUCGAUAUGUAAAUAUCCUUCUCGGUUAUGCGUAGCCUUGGCUAUUCCCAAGCUCCUCCCGCCAGUUCCUAUUCAGUCACGGUGGUAUUCAGAACCCAUCCGGCUUCUAAGCCUGGACGCCAACACUUUUUCGAAGAAUGCGAAAGGCUAUCCUGUGUUGUCUCGAGCACACCAAGCCUUGGUUAGUCGCUUUAUCCGCCUCCGCACGGCGCCAUGGUUUCUUCUUUGCGAUGUUGGGGCGGUCCCUCACAAUAUCACAACCAGCACCGACGGGAUCCAUCCCCUAGCGCCUGGGGCGGCCGAUUUUCCUACGAUCGUUGAAGCAGCGGAGACUGGACACUUGAAAGACCGAACGCCUCAUCUUUCGUACAUGCGGAACCUUCAAACAAAACAACCCGAGCAGAACACACUGGACCGUUUCGGGGCCGGGUACCAAGACUACCUGCAGACACCACUGCAACCUUUGACGGUGAAUUUGGAGAGCAUCACGUACGAAGUGUUUGAAAAAGACCCCAUCAAGUACGCAUGGUACGAGCGCGCCAUUGCCCGGGCCCUACAUGACUGGAUCGAACAAGGCAAACCCACCUCCAACCCUGACGGUCGUGUGGUGGUGGCGGUGGUGGGCGCCGGGCGAGGUCCGCUAGUGACUCGGGCCCUCAAAGCCAGUGAGGAUGUUGGGGUGGAAAUCGACAUGUGGGCACUGGAGAAGAAUCCUAAUGCUUUUGUGCUGCUUCAACGCCACAACGAAACCCUGUGGAAGAACCGGGUCAAUCUGGUCAAGUCAGACAUGAGGAGCUGGCGUGGUCCAAUCCAGCUGCCACCGAAGGCGAAUCCACCCAAUCGGAUCUAUAACGUUGAGCUCGAGCGGGAGAGCGACCUGGCGCCUGGAGCAACAGAGGACAGGAAUGACCAUGAAGGACAGCCUACGUCGGCCCGCACGACAUUUACCGGAUCGCCGUCUCUGGACUCGACCUACCUUCUCGCUACCACGACACCUACAUCGACCGCAACACCAUAUAAAAUCGACAUCCUGAUCUCCGAACUACUGGGGUCGUUUGCUGACAACGAGUUGUCUCCUGAAUGUCUUGACGGAGUGCAGCACCUUUUGAAUCCGAUCCACGGCAUUUCCAUCCCGGCCUCGUAUACCGCACAUAUCACGCCCAUUGCGGCGCCCAAGCUGCACGCCGACAUCACGCACGGGAUGAGCAGUUCGAAUCCCGACGCAGCAGAGAUUCCUUACGUGGUCAUGUUGAAUGCAAUCGACUACUUGAGCGCCACGACACCGCCUGAAGCCCCACAGCAAAGCUCACCAGCCGAGACACAGCCCGCCCCGUACUCGAAAGCCCAUACGCGGCAACAUACACAGCCGUCUGCGACGACGCCUCCUUCUCCAGUUCCCGUGAUCGGCACGACGUGGUCCUUCCAGCACCCGAACCCAGCGCUGCCCAGUGGCUCAGCCUCGUUCUCCGACCCCAGCUCGCACCUACACUCCGAGCCAGCACCGAGCAAUGCACACAAUGCGCGGACUAGCACAUUGACAUUCCCGAUCGCCAAUCGCGGGACGUGCCACGGGCUUGCCGGGUAUUUUGAAACCGUCCUGUACAAAGGCGUGGAAUUGUCGACCAAUCCGAACACGAUGGACGCCAAGAGCGAGGGAAUGAUCAGCUGGUUUCCAAUCUACUUUCCUUUGAAGAGUCCCAUCUUUUGCCCCGACGCCUCGGAACUCACGGUGACAAUGUGGCGCAAGACAGACGACCGGAGAGUCUGGUACGAGUGGAUCGUCGACGUCUUCAUCCAUGUGCCAUUGCAUUCGCAUUCCCAUUCCCCUCCACUGCGACCAGGGGCCUCUUCCACCGCGAGAUCGAGACGAGUCCGUAUCGGAGGUAGCGCCCUCCAUUCGUCGGAGAAGGAGGCUUGUUUGAUGUGA